AAGGUUGGAUGCCGUACAAUGACACCUGUUUUGACGAAAACGAAGAAGUGGACUACUCAUUUAAGUACUUUUCGUCAAAGGAUACGAAAGCGUUCCCGACCAAUGGAGUGCACGAAAUGUAUGGACCAGGGGGGUAUUAUAUGGAUAUCGGACCUAAGCAAUCAGCCGCAGUCAGGUCUGUCGCCGAACUGAAGACGUAUGAUUGGAUAGACCAGAACACCAGAGCAGUCUUUGUCUCGUUCAUGGCGUAUAACGGAAACACAAACCUUUUCAGUUACGUCAAUGUCAUAUUCGAGUUACCUCCCCUUACCGGAAUUACAACAACGUUCAAUAUUGUUUCUGCGAAUUUGUACCCCUACAAUACGGUAUGGGAUUACAUCAUCCUCUUAGCUCAGUUUGUUUUCAUCGUUGUCGUCAUCGUCAGACUGGUCCUACUCAUCAAGGACGCGGUUGUGUCCAGGGGGAGAGUACUCCGUACACUAACGUUCUAUGCUACAAUGUUUGAUAUAAUGAUAUGUAUCGGUGCCAUCGUGUGUUACGUCAUCAGACUGGACGGCACCAUUUCCGCAAUCAACAAGAUAGCUAAGAACCCAAGACAACAUGUUUCCUUUGAGCAAGCAAGUACUAUGGAUUUACUCUUCAUGGCUUUUAUUGGUUUCGCUUGCUUUAACGCGACCAUCAACCUUCUGUCACCAUUAACGUUCAACUAUCACUUUCAUUUGUUUAAGGUGUUUCUCGACCUCUCUAGAUACACGUUGUUCUCGCUAUUUCUCGUACAGGCCGUGUUGUUUGUUGCCUUUACGUCUAUUGUGUACAUGUUCUUCCACAUGGACAAAUGGGAACUGCGGAACUUCUACAGUACGGUACUCUUCCUCUACAGAGUGGCUUUGGGCAUGUUCAAAGUCGGUCACAGUAUCAAGUUUAUAGAUUACGGCAGUGUCAUUGUAUUCACUCUUUUUGGGUUCUCAGUGAGUAUUGUGGUGAUGAACGUAUGCAUAAGUGUACUGAACGUCGGGUUGAGCAACGCACGUAUUGCCGUCAAGAAGAACAAGAGGCAUAGAUUUGAUUCAGAACUGAACGACUUCUUCUUUUGGAAAGUGAAUAGCGUCUUGCGAGUGUUGACGUUUCGCAGCGGUAAAAAGAAUACUGUGAUGAGUAAAUACGCCGCGCCUG